GAGGUCUUUGAUUUCAUAAGAACCUGAGAAAGAUUUUUCUAAGAUAUGUGUAACACACCAACUUACUGUGACCUGGGAAAGGCUGCUGAGGAUGUCUUCAAUAAAGGAUAUGGCUUUGGCAUGGUGAAGAUAGACCUGAAAACGAAGUCUUGUAGUGCAGUGGAAUUUUCUACUUCUGGUCAUGCUUACACUGAUACAGGGAAAGCAUCAGGCAACCUAGAACCCGAAUGUAAGGUCUGUACCUAUGGACUUCCCUUCACUCAAAAACGGAACACAGACAAUACUCUUGGGACAGAAAUCUCUUUGGAGAGUAAGUUGGCUGAAGAGUUGAAACUGAGUCUUGAUACCAUAUUGGUACCGAACACAGAAAAGCAGAGUGGGGAAUUGGAGGCCUCCUAUAAAUGGGAUUGUUUUCGUGUUGGCAGUAAUGUUGAUAUAGAUUUUUCUGGACCAACCAUCUAUGGCUGGGUUGUGUUGGUCUUUGAAGGGUGGCUUGUCGGCUAUCAGAUGAGUUUUGACACAGCCAAAUCCAAAUUGUCACAGAAUAAUUUCACCCUGGGUUACGAGGCUGCAGACUUCCAGCUGCACACACAUGUGAACGAUGGCACUGAAUUUGGAGUUUCUAUCUACCAGAAGGUUAAUGAGAUUGAAAUGUCAAUAAACCUUGCUUGGACGGCUGGGAGUAACAACACCCGUUCUGGCAUUGCUGCUAAGUACAAGCUGGAUUGUAGAACUUCUCUCUCUGCUAAAGUAAAUAAUGCCAGCCUGAUUGGACUGGGUUAUACUCAGACCCUUCGACCUGGAGUCAAGCUGACCCUUUAUCAGCUUUAA